UAUUCACUAAAAAAAAAUUUGGAUAAAAUUCAAAAAUUAAAAAUAAAAAAAAAGAAUAUUCUAAAUGUGAUAAAACAAUUUUUUCAUUUUUAUCUAUGCCAUUUGCCAUAUUUAUCUACGAAAGUAAUUUAAAUUUUGCCAAUUCUAUUUAUUGAUGUAAAAUAAGAUUUCCCACUCUACCUUUCUCCUGAGGAUAAUUUUAGUUUCACCUCGUAGCAUUUUACAAUUAGUACGUUGACCGCUCUUGCCCAUUUAGCUCAAUUUUAGCUAGACACUUUUCAGCUGUGUGUGAAACGCGAAAUUUGCAUAUCGAAUUAUUAAAGAAAAUGUAAGUGAACAAAAAAUAUUUUUUCAGUUUAAACACUAUCGAAAAUUUUAUUAAAUAAUAAAAUAUUAUUAAAUAUUUUGCUUUGUUCAUAUUGUUUUUGUUUAUUUUACAGGAAUGUAUAAAAUAAUUAAUUUUCAAUAAGUUUGAAAUGUUCUUGAAUAAUUUUCAGAUAAACAGCUUAUUUCUGUGAUUAUUAUUAUUAUUAAUUUUAAUGAGAACGAGAUGGAGUUUAUUUUACAGGAAUGUAUAAAAUAUUAAAUUUUCAAUAAAUUUGAAAUUUUCUUGAAUAAUUUUCAGAUAAACAGCUUAUUUCUGUGAUUAUUAUUAUUAUUAAUUUUAAUGAGAACGAGAUGGAGUUUAUUUUACAGGAAUGAAUAAAAUAUUAAAUUUUCAAUAAGUUUGAAAUGUUCUUGAAUAAUUUUCAGAUAAACAGCUCAUUUCUGUGAUUAUUAUUAUUAUUAAAGUUUAAUGAGAACGAGAUGGAGUUGGUGAAAACGUUAAUUUUCGAUUUAAUACAAAACAAUUCACAAGCCGGUUAUGGAUUACAAAAGGAGAGUGAGGCACUAAUCAGUUAUGUUUUGCAAAAUAUGUCUAAAUCGGCAUUGCCUGAUGUGGAGCCAGAAGUGAAAAACGAGGAGGAUUCGUUACAUUACCGAAAUGAAGGAAAUCAACAUUUCAUUGCUGGCAAUGAUUUAGAAGCAAUUGAGAGUUUUACUAAAAGUCUCGCUUACGCUGACAGUGAGGAAUUAAUGGGUUAUGCACAUGCAAAUCGUUCGGCAGCUUUGUAUCGAAAAAAAUAUUAUAAACAUUGUCUGAUUGAAAUAGAAGCCGCCUUAUCGCAUGGCUAUCCAGAAGAAAAAAGGGAAAAAUUGAAAGAACGGGGACAAAAGGCAUUAGGAAAUAUAAUAAAUUCAUCGGGAAAUUCCGAAUCGUUCGAUCCAUUUGAAAAUGAAUCGAAUAGUAAAAUAAAGAAAAAAUUCCCCUUAAUUCAAAAUAUAGAGGAUUUAGAAGAACCAAAAGAUACUGAUUUUCUAUUACCUGGCACGUCAAAAAUACAAACAGAAUGCAAAGAUAUAAAAGAAAAUCUAAUACUCACCCAUGGUCCAAGUGAAGAGGCACCAGUUGUCAGUAAUGGUGUUAAUGUACGUUUUUCGGAGAAAUACGGUCGUCAUAUGGUGGCAACACAAUACUUUGAACCCGGCGACAUCAUUUCUGUAGAAGAUCCAUUUGCUUAUGUUAUUUAUCAAGACAAAUAUUAUACACACUGUUUUCACUGUUUAGCAAGAAGUUAUAAUUUAAUUCCAUGCUCAAAAUGUCCAAUUGCUCAGUACUGUUCAGAAAAAUGUAAAGAAUUAGAUUGGAAACUUGCACAUUGCACCGAGUGUGAUAUUUUGCCAUUAUUGUCAAAUCUGCUUAAUAUCGAUAGAGAUAAAAUUCGUAUGCUCUCGAAAAUUGUGAGAUUUCUUAUUAUUGCAACUGCAAAUGGCACGGCUAUCGAUAAAUUACGUGAGGAUCUAAAAAUUGCAGAAUCAAACAAAGAUAGGAGGACAUCGGGAUUUUCAGAAAAUGGUAUUUUCGAUCAAACGAGUGCCAAAUCGGCUUUAAGUCUUAUAACAAAUAUGUCUGCAAGGCCGCCAAUUGGAAUUAGUGCGUUCGCUUGUCUCUCGGCAUUAACAACAAUGCUUUUAGCAACGCAAACCAAAUUCUUUGGCAAUAAAUAUCAAAUCGAUGAAUUAAAAAAAAUCAAUGAAUUACCAGAUAUUACAUUUUGUGGAAGUAUUAUGUUCAGAGCCAGUGUUAUUAUGUCUUCUAAUAGCUUCUCGAUACAACAAACGCCAGGUGUCAAGGUCGGAUCAGGUCUUUAUGUUGUGCACAGUUUAUACAAUCAUUCCUGUGCUCCAAAUACUUUGAGACACUUUGAGGGAUUAACAAUGAUAACACGAGCACUAGAGACAAUAUCUCCGGGUGAUCAAAUUUUCACAAGCUACGGUGGAGGACAUCAGCAUAUAGCUUUAAUUGAAAGACGAAAGAAAAUGAUGGAAGAUUAUUUUUUCAAUUGUGAUUGUCCAGCUUGUAUUUCAGAUUGGCCAACUUAUCGUGAAAUACUUCAAAAUCAUGUGGGCUCAAUAUCAAAGAAUAAACAACUCGUGGAAAAAUUAUUGCCCUUUAAAAAGAGAUUAAUAAAAAAUAAAUACGACAUCGACGCAGCUAAAAAUAUUCUUAAAAUAUUAUACAAAGAAGCAACAAUGCCAUGUGAAGAAAUCGUUCAUGGAAUGCAAUAUUUAAAAAGCUAUUAUUUAGGUUAUCUCAAUAAAUACAGCUGCUGGUCUUAUUACAAAACUCGCUAAAUUGAGUGAAAUGCACAACAUGAAAAAAAAAUUUAUUUUGACGUCGACAAAUGCGGUUUUUUAACCUCUUUCAAAUUUUAGCUUGCACUUCUAUUUUGUUUCUUUAAUGUCCAAGAGCUAUAUUAUUCUAUCUAUAUGCAAGUUUUAGUAAGUGAUUAAUAUUCUCUACUGUGAUUAAAAAAAAACGCCAAGAAUUAUUAACAACAAAAUGGUUAAUUUCAGAAUUUUCCCUUAAAUUAAAGAAUUUUAUUUUAUUUUUCUAGAUCCUGAUGAAUGCGAAACACCAUUUUAAUCGUAACGAACAGUAAGUAUAUAAUAACUAAUUUAUGAGUACGACAUUUAUUUUUAAAGACAUACAAUAUUGUUUUCACAUGCGUAACACGCAUCAUUACAAUAGUUGCCUUAAAAAAAACUGAAAAUAAAUUUUCAACUCGAAUGAAAAAAUUCUUAUUAGUUCUACACCUACUUUUUUUCCCCUCAAUUAUAAUAGAUACAAAAAAAAUUAAUUUUUGUACAAGUUUUGUUCUCAAAAUCAUUCUCAAAACAAUCUAAAAAUAAUUCAUUUUUAGUAAAAAAUAGUCCAUUCGCGAUUAAUCGAAAGAAAUUUCCUGAUUUCAAAAGCAAACAAUUGUCAGUUUUCUAAAACUUUUGAAAAAAAGUACUCACUUUUUAGAAUAGUCGAAUUAUUAUAAGCGAACGUGCAUUACAACUAAAUAGACAAUUAUUAAUAGUGUAAAUAAAACAAUUAUUCGAAAUUGUGUUUUUUUUUCAUACAAAAUAUAGUAAUCUAUUAAUUGCUUAUUGAAAAAUAUUUCAAUCAUAUGAGAGAAAUUUUAUUCUUAAAUUUUCUUUUGAAAUUUUCUUUUCGAAUUUAUUUAAAAAUUUAAAUUAUUUUUCCAUAUGAAAAAUUGAAAAAUAGAAAGUUGAAAAAAUUUUCAAUAAGUUUAUAGAUUACGUUGAAUAUACAAAUACUUAGUGUAAUAUUCCCAAAUACUUAAUUGAAUAAUAAAGAUGGUAUAGUAUGACAGACAAUGCAUUUGUCUUUAAAGUGUAAACUAUACACACCAAAUUACUUCAAAUUUAAAUAAUCCAAAAGUUUUCAACGCUCAAAUGAACGAAAUAUUUUAAAAAUAUUUUCAAAAAUUACCAAUUUGCAAAAAGAAAUAAAAACCUUAAAUUUUAAA